CCGCAACUUACCGCCAACUGAUCCGCCGAAGAUCACAAGCCUCAACUUCGAUCGGUAAAGCAUGCGCUACUGUGCUCGGAAAAUUAUUCUGUACGUCGAGAAUCAGCGCUCGAAAAUGUUCCACAUUCAUCUGCGGUUAUUUGAGAGUAUGCGUUGCUAUAGUUAUGGAAAUCUCCGCCUGCCGUGCCAAGAUCUAUCAGGACGCCUUUAUAUGAGAGCUGGAAAGGUUUCUUGGACAGUCAACUGAAUCAUGUUUUUCCCCACUUUGUUAUUGCUACCUGGCUUCGCCACGUAUGUGCUGGGAACAACCGUUUACAUGGCUGGUGAUUCAACCAUGGCCAAAGACGGUGGCGGCUCGGGAACCGACGGUUGGGGUCAAUAUUUGGGCCAGUAUCUGUCUGUCACGGUCGUGAACAAAGCCAUUGCGGGUCGUAGCGCACGGAGCUAUACUGAUGAAGGCCGCUUUGACACGCUCAUCGACACUGUCUCUAGCGGCGACUACGUCGUGAUCGAGUUUGGUCAUAAUGAUGGAUUGUCCGGUACCGUGGAUAAUGGGCGUCAGGAUGCUUAUGGGGACGACUACAACACGACGAGCACAGUGACCAACUCAGCUGGUGAAAGUAUAGUCAUUCACACAUUCCCGUACUAUAUACAGAAUGCCGUCACUGCUCUCCAAGCCAAGGGUGCCAUCCCGAUCGUUUCCUCGCAAACUCCCAGCAAUGAUUGGGACGACGGUGUCAUUACCGAUCCCCCUCGCUUUGUUGCAUAUGCGAAUACGGCAGCCACUCGUACUGGAGCGACGUACAUAAAUCACUACGCAUACGUGGCCCAAGCCUAUGAGUCUCUCGGGGAGACUGUUGUGGAUGCAUAUUACCCUCUCGAUCAUACCCACACGUCGGUAGAGGGUGCCAACGUGGUAGCGGAGGCAUUUGUGAGAGGACUGCUUUGUGGUAAUAGUGACUUGGCGGCGUAUGUCAAUUCUGCAGGACAGGCUGUUCCCAAUAGCUGUUUGUAACUCGGAGUAAUACUAGCGGUCCUCGGUCGACGACAUCAAUACCUUGCUUUUGCGUUGUCAUCCAUCUUCUACUUUCCAUUGAUGUGGAUGUGGAACGUGGAAACAUUCCUGUAUUCAAUGUCAAGGCUGAUUCAAUUUCCAGC